GCAAUAUGGCGCACACAUAGACACAGCGGUCCAAUCGGCUUUCUCCAUUCCUGACAGCUGGCCAAUGACAGAGCCCGCAUCAGGCUGAAAACUAUUCAACAUGGAGACAACAGUUGAAAAGCUUGAGGCGAUGUUCCUGAAGUCCGAGGCAGACCUGGAGUACAUCGAGAAGCGGCUGAAGCUGGACUUCAUCAACAACACUGCAGAGAAUGGAUGUCCCGCUGAGGAGAACCCGGCGCUGAUGCUGGAGAAUCUGAGGGCCAUCAAGGCCAAACACACAGCGCUGUGCUCCCAGGUGAAGGAGAUCGCAGUCGCACAGAAAGAAUCCAUGGACUCCAUCAGCAGCGACCUCAGCAGUGCCAUGGAGCUGGUCCAGCACCUCCAGCAGACUACUGAUGUGGAGGUUCCGCCGCUGACGGCGCCGGAGCGGGAGGCAGCGGAGCUCCUGGGUACAGCAACCAGUGAGACCACAACAGAGGUGCCUCCUGCUCUAGAGGCUUCUGCCCCCCAGCAGCCACUGAGCUGUGAGUACGAGGAGCUGAGUGAAGCCACGCUGGAGACGGUUCCUCCCAGCGUGCGCUCCAACAUCAAGCUGGCGGACCUCAACGUCUUCUACCAGCAGCUGCAGCAGCACCUCGGCAACAACAGCGGCUCCCUCAGCGUGCAGAAGAUGAAGCAGUUGAAGAUGAAGGUGAGCGAUGCCAAGCUGAAGGUCCUGCAGCACCUCUCUUUAGUCGAGUGCGACAGGAAAGGCCACGUUCGUCUCGCCAUGUGAGCUGAGUCAACCAAUGGAGACUGUUGAGUGGGUGGGUGUCGUUACAGGCUGGGAUGGAUUUGGCCGCUCCUCCACCUGUCCCACCUGGAGUAUGGAGGGGGGGGGGCUUACUGAAGGAUCACACUGCAGAGGCUCUCAGGGGGGGUCGGCCAGACCAGAUGCAUCCAGGCCACCAGAUGUUUGUGGGAACAUCAGUCAUACUUUCAGUCCAGGUGCCGUUUAUUCUUUGAUCAGGUUUUAGCCGAGGUAUAUAAAAACAUGAGAUAGAUUUGAAACCAUGGUAAGGGCACGAGAAUUGAACCGUUUCAUACCCCGGCCCUAUCUGUGUGUCGUUUUAUUAAGUAACCUCUCCUUUAAACUCUGGAACUAAGUCAAGGAAUCUGAGUUGAGAUAAAUGCGUGGACGUCUGGUGAUGUCAAUUCUUGAUAAAUGUCUUCAUAUGUCUGCUUAUGAGUGAUGCUGAUAUUCCUGUACUACUGUAGACAGCUGUCUGAUUGUAUCAAUCAGUCAAAGGGGAUACGUUUCUGCAACAAAUAUGGAACCCAAAGGAGAAUUAUGAAUGCCGUUAACGGGCUAACAGUCAUGUUCACCUACACAUCUAUGGUCAAUUCAGCGUUCAGGUGCGUAGACUGGAAUUCAGAACGUUGAAGAUUAAAUGGCAUUCAACAUCUUUGCUUGGGCCGGUGUUCCUCUGAGGAGUGGGGGGGAAGGAUAGAACCCAGUGGGCUGUCACAGGAAACAAAGGUUAACCGUAAGUGCGGGGGGGGGGU